GCAUGGCCUUCAGGUAGUUAAUACCUAACGUCCUAGGUAGGGUAUACAAGUGACGAGUAAUGUGACCGGCCCGACCCUGACAUUUUUGUAACUCGUAAUUUUUACCUGCCCCUCCAACAGCUCGCCGUCUUUUUCUUCUUCUUCAUUUUCCCUUCUCCCUCUACUGCUUCUACUCUCUCUGUUUCCUACAUAGGUACCGAGUUGAAUCACGCGCAAUUCCAAUUCGCUCGCCAUGUCCUCCGCCUUCAAACCCCCGGCGCUGGACGUCUCUCCCAUCCACGUCGUAGCCACCAUCUUCUACAAGUCCGAUUCUCCCUCGCAUUUUGUCCCACACCCAGAUGCCUCACCGCGUACUACCACCGAUGCCCUUCCAUCCGCUUCUCUCGACGGCCUCAAGGACGGCGCCGUGCCCACCGAGAACAUCUCCGCCUAUCCUCUCGAGCCUCCGACACCCGGCCCAAGCCCUUUAGACCAUCUUUACGGUUCCUACGUCUCCCCCAGCUGCCUGAACGACUUCUUCAAUACUCUGGCUCAGAUCAUACCUGGCCUCCAACAAGAGACCGUUCGGAGUCGGAAGCUGGAGAAGAGCAAGUUCUGCAGGGUGGUGGAAGUCACGUUCCCACUCCCAAGUGCAACCACCGUGACAGUGGAAACCCUCCGGAGGCAUGAAGCCGUAUCGCGGUUCGAGCGCGAAUGGAACGUGGAGGCCGUGUUCCAAAUUGAUAAUGUAUACAGGCGGUACAAACGGUUCGCCGUCUUCGACAUGGACUCUACGUUGAUCCAGCAAGAGGUCAUUGACGAGAUAGCCUCGCUCAUCGGCGUCGAAGCCCAGGUAUCUGCCAUUACUGCUGCGGCCAUGAACGGUGAGUUGGACUUCGAGGCCAGCUUGAGGAAACGAUGCGCGCUGCUCAAGGGUGUGCCUAGCACAGUAUGGGAAACCCUCAAGCCACGGAUAACUCUGAACGAAGGCGUCGCAGAUUUGAUCAAGGCUUUGAAGAGAUUGGGAUUCAAGACCGCGGUGCUGAGUGGCGGAUUUACCCCAUUGACUGGCUGGAUGGGUUCUCAGCUCGGACUCGAUUACGCCUAUGCAAACCAUCUCGUCGUCAGCGAGGAUGGACAGACGCUCACCGGCGAGUUGACAGGCGAGAUCGUCCACGCCCAGAAGAAGCGACAGCAUGUUCUUGAAAUAUCAGAGCAGGAGGGCAUCCCUCUGGAUCAAGUCAUCUGUAUAGGUGACGGUGCGAAUGACUUGCCCAUGAUGGGCGUUGCAGGAUUGGGUGUUGCAUUCCAUGCCAAACCAAAAGUGCAAAUGCAGGCUCCAGCCAGGCUCAAUUCGAAGAGCAUGUUGGACCUGUUAUAUCUCUUUGGUAUAACGAAGGAAGAACAGGAGGAGUUGCUCAGGUAGCAUCCAUUCCUCUGUACAGUUCACCUCAAUCUCCUUCAGCCUCUAUUCUUCCCAGUCAGUCUUUACGCGAAAGAUUAGACGACGCGUUCUAUCGCAUUCACUCCAUUCCCCCGGGCCAAUCUGCAUAAA